AUGAGUGCAAAUCUCCCAUCCGACUUUUUCAUAUUUACUUCUAUUCGCUUUGAGCCAAAUCUCACAGAGGACGAUGUAAACCUCCCAUACUACCUCUUACCGUUUCACUUGCUCCGUCUUCGCGACGCCGCUGCAGAAUUCCAGCUUGUCCAUGUUCAACAGCUACUACAAGACGACGAAGCUGGUAUUCAACUCCUCAAAACUGCCGUGGAUGACGCCGUUACAGAUCGCACACAGUCAUGGCGUGUGAAUGUCAAAAUACACCCCGACUGCAAAAUAUCUACCAUGACAACACAGUUGAAACCGUUAUCGCACGAAAUUGUCAAGUUACCCAGUGGACGGACUGCGGACGACCUCGUCCAAUUUCUUCAGGGUGAACGCGAGGCUCGCAAUCUCCCCAUUUGGGAUGUCCUGGUCGACACCGUUGCAACGCCAAGAUCAAGGUUUACGGGUCACAAGACCUCCGUUAGAGGCAUGUAUAAUGAGGCUAGAGACAGGGCCGGGCUUGUGUCUUACGAGGAACCCAGGGAGACGCUGCUCUGGAACGAGGAAGGCCAAGUGACGGAGGGAAGCAUCACGACUGUGUAUGUCUGGCGAGGGAGGAAUGGUACUGAAAAUGGUUAUCUGGCUACUCCGCCACUGAGUACAGGAUGUAACGCCAGUUCAACGAGGCGCUAUGCUCUAAGUAAAGGGCUAUGUGUUGAAGAAGCAGUCGAUGUGUCCGAGUUAGCUGAGGGAGAAGAGGUGUGGCUUAGCCAUGCCAGUGACGGCUUCUUCCCAGGCAAAAUUCGAAGGUCAAGGGUGAGCAAAGAAUGA